CGGAGCGUGGUUACUUUAGUUCCCUCCAAAACAUGAAAUGCGUUGCGCUCAUCCUUGUGUGCAUCUCUUUUCACCUCCAGCAGGGAGUGGGGCCAUUCCGCGUUAAGCGCAGGGGCGUCUCCGCCUGCCCCUCAUUCGUCCUGCACCCAAGACGAGCAAGCGGGGGAAUCAUCCAACGAGCAAACAAAAGCCAAAACUCCAGGGCCUUCCUUUGGGGGUACCCCAUUUAUGACGAUUCGCCCUUUAAACUGAGGAGGCCCAAAAUAUACCCCAACUUUGAAUAUGGCGAGCUGAGGAAGUCGCAAGAUUUUGACUACGUCAUAAGUACCAACAUUGCUCAGAAGAACUACAAAAUCCCCGACGUCGGCUACCUCUAUAACGUGGAGGAAAUGGGCACGGGCAGAACGGACGACGUCCACACGCCCAUCGAAAUGGUGUUCGGGGAGCGGGACGUCGAUCCAAAGGAAGUGGAAAAGAUUAAGGCCGUUCUCAACACCUUUGACCAGGGAAAUGGGAUGGGCAUAUGCACCUUAAUGGGCGCGAAGCGGGCGCACUUCGCCUUCAAGUACAACGGCUAUUUGAGUCACUUCCACGGAGUUAAAAGCUAUUUGAGGUUCCUCAUUAACAAGCACUACCCCGGGGCCAAGGUCACCCUAAUUAGCGAGCACUGGAUCGACCCGAUCGACGAAUCUGUGUGUGUCAGGCACAGCAACAUCCCCUUCUCCAAAAUAGGACACCAAAGACGGCUGGUCUUUAACAAGUACGAUUACAUUUACGAAAAUGAUAAAAACAGGAGGAUAUAUAAAGCGGAAAAUAGGAGCAACGUGUGGGCCUUCCACGACGACCCGCAGAUGUUGACUUAG